AUGUUACCUACCAAUAUAACCCAUUUCACAUAUUGUAGCCGGUUUACAUUGUCACAUGAGCCUAGUCUAACACUUGACCUAAAAUGGCACAUCUGCAAACUUCAUUACCCCAACCUCGUCUCUAAGUUUACUCAAAAAUUGGAAAAUGUCUUCGAACGGACAUGCAGAACACAACUGGUCUCCAAAUUAUCGCCGUCACAUGAGGAGAAUCAUUCUAAUGGUGUAACCAACGAAGACAUGGCCAUUAAUCUACUGCAAACCCAGUUGGAAUUGUCUCUCAUACGAGAGGACUUCCAAGACCAGUUACGUGAGUUCCGACAAGCUGUUAAUCGAGACUUGGAUGCCAUAAACCGUGAGGUCAAUGACGUUCGCGCUGGUCAGAUGGAUAUCUCUAAUCUCGUUGCUGGUCUUUAA